AUGGCGUCAUCAAAUGAAUCAAUUACAUUAAUUAUUCGUACAACAAAUAAUAAAUACGCAGAUUUUUUUCUGGAACUUUCCCCAUUAUUAACUGUUCAUGAUCUGAAACAAAAAAUAACAUUAAAUCAUCCAACUAAACCAAUACCUAAAGAUCAACGAUUAAUUUUUUCUGGUAAACUUCUUGAUGAUGCUAGUGUACUUAAUCAAGUAUUUAUUAAAUCAACAUCAGGAUCAUCAUUUAUGGUUCAUCUUGUUCUUGAUUCGGAUAAAAAUUCAUCUACACCAAGAAUAAAUCAAUCAACAACAGUAAGAGCACCUCCUGUUGUUACAGAACAACCUUCAUUAUCUGAAAAGUUAAACAAUUCUUCACAUUCAAAUACUUAUGAACAGUAUUUAGAAGAAUUAUAUACAUAUCAACAACAACUUCAACAAUUUAUAUCUAAUCCAAAUGCAAAUCCGCCAAUAUGUAAUUAUGAAAGUCAAGCUUAUUUACAAUAUUGUUAUACACAUCAUCAAAUGUAUCAAAAUUUAUUUGCCUAUCAAAGAACAGUAGUGUCACCAUUAACAGCAACAACAACAACUAAUAUUACUUCAACACAACAAUCAACUUCUAAUGAUACUAAUACCGCUCCUCCACCACCACCAGCAGCAGCAGCACAACAACCAGCAGCUGGAAAUAAUAAUAAUAAUGAACUUGAACAAGAGAAUGAUCUAUUAGGGGUGUUAAAUAUGUUAGUCGAAUUAUUUGUUCUUUGUUCAAUUAUUUAUUUUUAUUCAACAUUCAGUCGUUUUCUUGUUGUUUUUGUUAUUUUUGCUCUUCUCUAUUUACAUUGUCGUGGUUAUUUAUCUAUACAUAGGCGUCGACGUGCACAAGUACCACCGGCACCUGUUGUUCCUGAACAAGCUGCUGCUGCUGCUGCUGCAAAUGAUGUUGAACAAGGAGGAGAAGAUGAAAUUGAAGCUGAAGUAGUAGCAAAUGAGGCCCAAAAUCAGAAUGAUAUUGAACGUCAACGUCCUCCGCCACCUCCACCUGGUCCUGUUGGUGAAACUGAAGUAACAACAUCACGUCUUUUACUUACAGCUGUAUCAACAUUUUUUUCAUCAUUAAUUCCUGAAAGACCUCAACGUGCUUGA